GAUGAAUACCUGUUUUUCCACAGUGUCUUUGAAGGUGAACUGUCAGAAACAAUGCCCGUCGUUCAUGCCUCUAUAGCAGGAUGUCGAAUCAUUGGCAGAAUGUGUGUGGGAAAUCGUCACGGUCUCUUGGUGCCCAACAACACGACAGAUCAAGAGUUACAGCACAUUAAGAACUGCCUGCCAGAUUCAGUGCGGAUUCAGAGAGUAGAAGAGCGUCUUUCUGCGCUGGGGAACGUCAUCGCUUGUAACGACUAUGUUGCUCUAGUUCAUCCUGAUCUUGACAGAGAAACAGAAGAGAUUCUUGCAGACACUCUCAAGGUGGAAGUGUUCAGACAGACGAUUGCGGAGCAGGUGCUUGUGGGUAGUUACUGCACCUUCAGUAACCAGGGAGGCCUCGUCCACCCCAAAACCUCCAUAGAAGAUCAAGAUGAACUCUCAUCACUCCUGCAAGUACCUUUAGUGGCUGGAACGGUGAAUCGUGGGAGUGAGGUGAUCGCUGCUGGUAUGGUGGUGAACGACUGGUGUGCCUUCUGUGGGCUGGACACCACGAGCACUGAGCUGUCCGUCAUCGAGAGCGUCUUCAGAUUGAGUGAGACGCAGCCCAGCGCCAUCGCAACUACUAUGAGAGACUCGCUCAUCGAUAGUCUCACAUAAAACUGAAAUGGUUUUGAAGUCUUUGGAUAUUUGUGGGAAGAUGCUUAAAUGGACUUGUAAGUCGGUUUGAAGGCUGAUUAUGUCUCCCUUCAGGGAGAAACACACUCUUGUCUUCGUACCAUGAGAAAACGUGUUGUCAUUAUAAUAUUCAUGUGUGAACUGCUUGUCACACGGCAUUUUCGUAAAAUACUAAGACAAAAGUAUUUAUCUAUAUAAUCACUUCACAGCCUACAUAAAAUAAGACCACAUGUCCUUUAAAUAGUGGCAAAUGUUUGUUCCGCUGCUCAAUGCAGCAUCAAUAAAGCUGUGCAUGAUCAACAUAGACUGGUUUCCGAAAUAAAAACCAACUUCCACAGAAG